AUGGUGACCGAGACCACCCCGCUGCGCAAUGGCGAGCACCGACCGCCGCCACCGAAUGCCGACCACAGGAAGCGGCUCGCCGGCCUGGCGGUCUUCGCCUUCGUCAUGCUGGCCGUUGCCGUGCUGACGACCACGAACACGCCUACCGACACGACGCCACUCAAUGCCACGAGACACCAGUCGACGCCGGCGCCGCUCUCUAAGAACUGGUUCCAAUGCGGCACCGAGACCAGCGAGUCCGGCUACAUGAAGAUGCCCUUCAACGUGGAGGACCACCUGUUCUACUGGUUCUUCGAGUCGCGCAGCGCUCCAGUCACGGACCCAUCGGUGCUGUGGCUGACAGGCGGAGGAUCGAGCUGCUCGAGUCUAGCGGCCUUGCUGACUGAGAACGGGCCCUGUCGGAUCAACGCGGACAAGACGACGGCGUUGAAUCCUCACUCGUGGACGUCACAGGCCAAUAUGACCCGCCAGGGCACCCAGCAAAAAAAGAAGCGCUCCGUCCGUCGCAAGGUCGGCAAUGAUGCGAGUGGGAACACUCUCGAGUUGCAAGCGCUGUCCCUUGAUGAUCCAUCUGACCAAGUCCAAGCUGCCGGUGAUCACAUGAUGCUACCCCCUGCUAGCCAGGAACCCAUGCCACGAGCCAAGAAAAAGCGAGGGUCGAAAACGAUCAAGAUCUACAAGGGCUUUCGAUAUUGCAAGACUGAGGGCGACAUUUGGGAGCAAGUAUGCGAGGCGUUCUACGGUCCCGAUAGAGAAGAGCUGUUAGACGGAUUGACAGAGGAGCAAGUUAUCGGGCGUAUCCGUCGCAUUCACCGCCGAUACUACGGUGGUGAUAUUCACGGAGUGGUGGAAGUCCCUCCCUUCUCCAAAGUGAAAGACUCGGCCAUCCCAUUCUUCCGGUUCCAUUUGGUAACGGCCCACCCCGAUCCUAAGAAAGCACCAAGUCGUGUGCUAGGCUGGGCCCAUCCUGCGCUGAAAGAGCUUCUACUCUACAACAGCGUAUCUCUUUUCCUCGACGGUGCUUUUCGAUCUGUGCCACGAGGAUUUCGCCAGUGCUUGAUCUUAAUCGUGGAUGACCCAGCGCGUAACCUGUUCACACCGGUAUACUUCGUGCUCUGUACGUCCCAGACUGAGUCCAUGUACGACGAUAUCCUGCAUCUCAUCUACCGCGACACCGGCAAAAAGCUCAAUCCUGCAGAAAUUGUAUGUGAUUUCGAGUUUAGCCUCAUCUCAUCUGUUCAGACCCGGUUCCCGAACGCUGAAGUGGUGGGCUGUUUCUUCCAUUUUAAACAAGCCAUUCGCCGGCGACUGAAAGACGAGCGCAUCUCCGACGACGAAGUGACUAUCGCUAUGGAGUCUGGCGUCUUGGACAUUCUCACUGUAAUUGAUCCAGACCUCGUCGAUCCGAAGGGCAUCGCAUGGGUGAAGCAGGAGAUCAAGCAGAGGUGCAUCGCGAACAAUUGCCCAUACUCACGCCCCAACAUCACGCGCGGUCUACGCAAGAAGAAACAGCGUCCACCACGCAUUGAGUUGCCGGCUGCCCCCGACUUAGCAACAUUUGAAGUUCCGCCUGAGUCGGAAGAUGAAGGUGACUAUGAUGAGCUUGGUGACCAGUCCGACGGCUCCGUCGAAUCAGCUCGUAGUGGCGAAGCUGAUCACUCUUCGGAGGAAGAUGAGCCAUCCCGAAAUGCGCAGUCGGCCGAAGACUUGCAGCAGGAAAUUGAUGAGCACGCUAACACUUACAACUUCUUCCUUGACUCGGACAGUGACCACGAUCCAGAUGAAGAAAAUGGCGUGGAGGACCUGUCGGUGUCGGAUUCUCGAUUCUUAGACAAACACCCGGAGUUCGAAGAAAGAGCUCUGUUCCUGGCGGGGGAAGGAUAUGCGAGUCAAUACGUACCGGCAGCCGCACACUACAUCUGGAACGAGAACCUACCCGUCGAGAAGGCGAACGCUUCGGUCCGUCUUAACCUCCAGGGUAUCGCCAUUGGCAACGGUCUGGUGAACCCCGUCAUCCAGACGAACAGCAGCGCGUGUACAGGCUCCGCUCGCUACUGCUCAAGCUUGCUGUUAUACGCAAUGGACGGGUCUCUUCGCAACAAGUUCGACAUCCGCAAGGAAUGCGACUCGAGUGAACCAUCCAAGUGCUACAACACGACUGCAGUGACCGAGUAUCUCAACUCGAAGGCUGUCCGCGAGUACCUCAGCGUGUCCGACCAAGUGCCUUCAUGGCAGCAAUACUCGAAUUCCCACUUCUCACCCGACUUGAUGAAGAGCGUCGACCGAUACGUCGCCGAUCUUCUGAAUGACGGCUCCGUCCGCGUGCUGAUCUACAACGGCGACGCAGACUUGGUUUGCAACUGGCACGGAAGUCUCGCAUGGACGAAACAGCUCAAGUGGACGCAUCAGCAAGAAUUCAACGACGUCCAGCAGCGUGCUUUCCACGUGACUGGCGAGAUUGAUACAAUCGACGCCGGAUCCGUUCGCUCGUUCCAGACCCUGUUCACCUUCGUCCGAGUCUUCGAUGCUGGCCACUUGGUGUCCAAAGACCAACCAGCUAUCGCGCUCGAGAUGAUCAACCGAUUCCUCAAGAAUCAACGCUUGUAA